AUGCAGAUAUGGUAUCGUGCCGUGCAAUCUUACGAUUACGAGGCGUCAAUAUCUAGUUUCUUGGGGUCAUUCUCGUUCAUGGGCAUGCUUCCUGUCAUUCCUAGUCCCGCCGGUCUUUGGCGCAUGAGUGACUGUGGAGGAGCCCCAAUGGACCACUACAUCAACGACAUUAACAACAUCUCAGCCGAGGACGGGCUCAUCAAGGGCAACCUUCUGCUUGCAGAAGAUCGCAUAUUGAGUUAUACUGUUUGCUUGAUGACAGGCAAGUACACGAGAUGGGUUCCGAUGGCCGUGUUUUACACCGAAGCCGAGACCGAUAUCAAAUCAUUUAUAACCCAGCGUCGAUGGUGGAUCAACGGAACUAUUGCCUGCUACCUAUUUUUAUUGUUUACGUCGCCUG